AGGAAGCGCGGGUCAUUUUGACCAGUCGUUCCCUCGUAUUGACAUAACACUUUUUCUUUGCACCAAAAAGAUAAAUUUCGAGACACUUGCGGGGCUGGAUGCGAAUUGGCCCCAGCUGCAAGAUCAUCAUUAGUGCAGUAUCAGCCUGCAACCUGCUCUCAGCUUCGGGAUGGAAAGAAUAAGAAAAGAAAUAAUUCUGAUGGAACGGGGUCUGCAUAGUCCUGCUGCCAAAAGGAUUUCGAAUUUGUCAGACUCAGCUGGAAAUGCGGUGGAGGAGGCCCUUGAAAAUUCUCAUCACAGUGGUCGUCUCAGCCCCAGACCAACUUCCGCCUCCCUCCACAACACUGUUGGGGACACCUCAACAAACGGCAAAUUUGAGAUAGACAAUUUAUUCCACCAUCAACAUUCAAGCGACAGCACGUCCUCGCCUGAAAUUUCCUCUUCGGAAAGCAGGAAAAAAUUCUCCCUUUACCCAGAACUUACUAGUCGGGAAAAAGAAGCAGAAAUGAACAGUGAUGUUGAUGUGGGAUGCUCGACACUCCGUUCUCCUGCCGGUGUCAAUACAACGCAUCUCAAAGAAAAUACAAACAAAGUUUAUUCUGAUAAUGGUAGUUCAACUAAUACUUCGUCGAAUGGGUCCAGUAUUACGAACCUGAACGGCAACUCCAGUUCAAUAGGCAAUUCGGGUUCUGGUCCUGACCAGGUGAGACGGUAUCGAACUGCUUUCACCCGAGAACAAAUCGGUAGACUAGAGAAAGAGUUUUACAGAGAAAACUAUGUAUCCAGACCCAGGCGAUGUGAACUGGCGGCGGCUUUAAAUCUACCCGAAACAACUAUCAAGGUUUGGUUUCAGAACCGGCGAAUGAAAGAUAAAAGACAGCGACUAGCUAUGUCAUGGCCCCACCCGGCUGACCCAAGCUUUUAUACCUACAUGAUGACCCAUGCGGCGGCCACUGGGAGCUUGCCCUACCCUUUCCACUCUCACGUGCCCUUGCACUACUACCCCCACGUUGGCGUCACCGCGGCUGCCGCUGCCGCCGCCGCCACAGGCGCCACGCCCUUCCCCACCUCCAUUCGCCCGCUCGACACCUUCCGCGCCCUCUCGCACCCUUACUCGCGGCCCGAACUUCUCUGCAGCUUUCGCCACCCGGGCCUCUAUCAGUCGCCGCACGGGCUCAACAGCAGCGCGGCCACGGCGGCGGCGGCAGCGGCCGCGGCCGCAGCUGCCUCGACGCCCGCCAGCGCUGCGCCGUGCUCCUGCCUCAGUUGCCACAGCAACCAGAGCGGCGCGCUGGGGCCCAGGAGCUCGAGCUCCGACUUCACGUGCACCGCGGCUGCGCAGAGGUCGGAGAGCAGCUUUCUUCCCUACUCGGCCGCGGUGCUCAGCAAAUCAGCGGCGGUGUCACCGCCUGGCCAGCGGGAGGAGUCCUCCCUUACCAGAUAACUCAACCCGGCGGUGGUUCUCACCAAGGCCAAUGGAGACACUAGUGGUAAAUUGCUAAAUUCGUUUUUUUUUAAUCCAUCGCCCUUCUAGUGAGUACUGCUUUGGUGCAACCGUGGGCAAAUUUCCAUUCACAACUGUUUUAAAAAGACAUGCUAUCCUUUUAGUACGGACAACCCAGCCCUUUUCAUUCUUCCCGGAACUCAUUGGAUGCGGCUGAAAUAAUUUAGAAUCUUUCCCCAUGGACUCUUGAAAAGUUCUUUUAGUUGUUCUCUUCGUCAUACUAGAUUGUACAAGGAAACUGUGAACUUUUUAAAGUAUUAUCGUCUUCUUAAUGGAUAUGAUUUGGGCCUGUAGCAUUUGAUAAGACUUUUGGGACUAAAUUCAAGAAGGUAAAACCGUCUUGAAACAGAUUUUAAGAGUCAGUGCAACCACAUCUGGAUACUGUCUCUUUAAAUAAUGCUGCAGAUGAAGGUCACUUUGGGAAGAACACAAUUCCAUUUAUUCUGUACACUUUUACAUGAAGGCCCUUUUCUGUGAAAUUGGGUAUGUGCAUGCCUACUGCUUUGGCCCAGGAGUGCCACCACCGGGUAUCUGACAAGUGUUCGCUGCCAGAAACAAACUCCUCGAGGACUUUGGCAAAGUUCGAGGAAGACACAUCAGAAACCGCCAAUGUUAUUGCCAUGUCAAUUCCGAUGCUAAUAAUGUGCAGAUUAUGACGAAAAUUGCCAAUCAUGUACCUUGAUGGACCUCCUUUGAAUGUAGAAUUGGAAAAAAAGUUCCCUGCGCAGAGACCUGCUGUCAAAUACUAACAACCCGCUAAGGGAAGUCAUUAGAAGAGAUAGAUAAGAGACUUGAUACAUAAAAGAUUGUUCAUGGUGCAUAGAAUGUACAGGAUUUAAUGUGGUAUUCGUUAUCUGAAGUGAUUUUGCAAAAACUCGACGUCCUCAUUGUCCCACUGCCAGUUUUAAUUUUGGAAACCUAUAUUGUAGACGUCCUGUGUCCACUUUUCCUUGUAACCAGUACGGAACUGAUAUGAACAGCCUCAUUAAAUCAACCUCGAAAAUUUCCAUAAUACGCCCCAUAGAGCCACUUCACUGUUCGCUUAAUGGGAUUCUUCUCGAAAAAAAUGUAACUAACAGUUUUUUUUUCACUGUGCAUCCUUCCCACAGGGUCCUUUGUCAAUCUCUUGUAAAUUAACUCAUUAAAUUAUGUAAUACAGUAUUUCAGUUUCUCCGUUUUCAGUAAUUACUGUACAAUAUCCAUUCGGUGGUAUUUUUACUUUAAUCUUAAAAAUGGACUAUAUAAGAUAAUAAAAGUGCAUGUAGAAGGUAUCUGGCAGGCGAAUUUUGAUACCAAUGGAUGUUUACAUCAUUUUGUCAGAAAUGCUAAGCCAGAACCAAAUUGCAUUUUGAAUGAACGAAGACCAAGUCAGUACUUUUACAGUUGAAACGCGAAAUCACUUCUGAAGGAAAAAAAAGACGACUUUGAACUUAACUGACAUGUAGAAAAACCUCUAUUCAUUUAGAAAAUAUCUGUUCAUUUUCGAGUUUUUGUUAAUACAUAACUACGAACUGAAAAAGAAAACAAAAUCGCAGCAGCAUUGCAGACUACCACACUUAUUCUUGUGACUGUUAGAAUCUUUGGCGAUAUGCUGAUUCCUUGUAUAAUUGCUUAAUGAAAUAAAACCUGCAGAACCCCCAAGAAAGCCCAUACAAAAGAAAGUGAUGGACACAAUUUUCUCGAUCUUUAUGAAAACAGAAUAUAUCGGGCUACUGAUAUGGAUGUAGGUUUUUCAAAAGUGGAACUAAAUGUUUUACUGUAGGCCGUUAGGCCUGAUGGUGUAAUGUCAAAAUGUAAUAUAGUAUUUGUGCUUGAAAAUAUUGCUGGACGUAUCCACUCAUUGUAAGAUAUUUUAACUUAUACA